AUGAACGCCCUCUUCUCCAGCAAACUCAAGUUCCCCAUCCACAUGGUCCAGCUCCUCCUCGUAGCAGCGGCCCUCGGUCUCUCAGUAGCACGCAUCUUCAUGCCGAACCGUCCCAGGGGUAGAUCAGGCACGAUGGCACUGGGCAUGUCCGCAAAGUCGCUCGCCAUCAUCCUCUACCAAGUCCUCACCGAACACGUUCCCGCCCUCCACCGCUGGGCCUCGCUCAAGGCCAACCUCAUCCUCAACGCCAUGGAGAUCGUCUUCUGGGCCGCCGUCGUCUACAUGGGCAUCCAAUCCCAAACCCAGCAGUCCUGCAUCGGCACCUCCUGCACCAUCGGCUGGGUCGUCGUCGUCCUCGGCAUCCUGCUGUCCAUGAUCGCCGGCUACGCCACCAUCAUCGCCUGGCUUGACUUCCGCUACUUCAAGAAGAACGGCGUCCGCCGCGGCGCCAUGGGCCACGACGCCGCGCCCCUCGAGAGCCGCUGCGAGGACCAGAGCGUCGAGAGCGUGCAGAUCCAGGAGGUGCGCCGCGAGCAGAGGAAGAACGGCGACGAGCAGAGGUACGCGACCGCGGCCUACGGACAGCAGACCCAGGGAUACACGCACCAGCAGCAACAGCAGCAGUAUGCGCAGCAGCAGGCGUACCAGCCGGCAUACCCUCAGCAGACAUACGGACAGCAGUACACCCAGCACGGAUACGGAAGACAGUAA